AUGACGAACAAUGCAAACACUUCUGUGUACAUACGGUUAACGAGGUGGCGUUUUUUUUUUUGCGUGGCUUUGAAUUUGCAGAGGAAGCUCGCCGGUGCUGGCGCUGGCGUUGGUGCGGGGUCCCGGGUGGCGGAGCUGGAGGUGAAGCUGGAGAAGGCGCACGGCCAGCUCACGGAGAUGCGGGAGCAGCUCGCGGCGGCAGAGAAGGCCAGGAAGGAUGCGCGUGCCGCGCUGGUGGAGGCCAAGAAGCGCUUCGCCGCAAAGAAGAGGGACGACGUCGCCACUUCGGCGCCUGUCGAACACGACAACGGCAAGGUGCCGGUACCAGCAGACGAAGCUGCUGUUGUCGCGGAGGGUGCCAAUGAGGAUAAAGGCAGCAUGAGCUCGUCGGCCACAGAUGUUCUUGACGCGGUUGUGCCGAAUGAGUCGGGGAACAACGAGGGCCUGGUCGACGAGGAAGCCAAGAAGACUUGUGAUGAUGGGGAGGUGAGCAAUGCCGUGGAAAAUGGUGAUGGCAUGAAGGGAAGCCCGGAGGUCGACGAGCUGAGGGCGAAGAACAUGGAGGUCCACGCGCUGAGGGCGAAGCUGAUGGUGAUAGAUACGGAGGUCGACGAGCUGAAGGGGACGCUGACGGCGAAGAUCACGGAGCUCGACGAGCUGAGGGCGAAGCUGGCGUCGAACGACACGGAGAUCAACAAGCUGAUGGCGAAUCUCAUGGCCAAGGACGUGGAGAUCGCCGCUCUCGAAGCCGACAACGCCGACCUCUCGAAGAUGGCCGAGGAGGCCGCGGACGCCGUGAACGCGACGGCCGCGAGGGCGCGGGAAACCGAGCACGCACUGCGGGAGAGCGCCGCGCGGGAGGCCCGGCUCGCCGAGCGGCUGAGGGCUUCAGAGCGCGCCAGGGAGGCGAUAGAGGCCGAGGCGCAGUGCUCCCGCGUGCAGAGCGAGCAGUGGCGCAAGGCAGCCGAGGAGGCCGCCAUGGUGCUCGGCGGCGGUGCGCCGGGCGCCGCGGGAACCAGCUCGGACAAACGGCGCCAGAGCUCGGUCGGCGCUAGCGAGAGGACAGCGGCCGAGGGUGCGGACGACGAGAGCACCAGUGGGAAACCAAAGGCCGUUGGCGCCAUGCGGGUGCUCAGCAACCUGUGGAAGAAGAAGGCGCGGAAGUGA